AUGUGGACGGAUAUAAGGACACUGCUACUUUUCCACCUGCUCGUCCUCUGGCUCCACGUCUCGGAAGCCACCGACGAGUGUGAGGAUGGACAGUUUCAGUGCAACAACAAAAGGUGUAUCCCCACCAUCUGGAGGUGCGACGACGAUGACGACUGCUCAGACAACAGCGAUGAGGAGAACUGUCCCAGGAAGACGUGCGCUCCGGCAGAGUUUGCCUGUUUGAACGGACAGUGUGUCCCGGGACGCUGGCGCUGCGACGGAGAGCCGGAGUGUCCGGACGGCUCUGACGAGGCGGAGGAGACGUGCAGCAAACAGACGUGCCCUCCAGAGAAAUUCGACUGUGGGGGAUCCACCAACAAGUGUGUCUCGUUGUCAUGGAGAUGCGACGGGGAGAAAGAUUGCGAGAACGGGGCGGACGAGGAGGACUGCGCAUCUGAUGCCAAGGCCUGCCCCAGCGGAGAGUUCAUGUGCGCCAACCGCAAGUGCUUGGCCACCGUCUACGUGUGCGACGGCGACGACGACUGCGGAGACGGCAGCGACGAGCUCAAGUGUUCGUCCCCCCUGACCUGCGGGCCCAACCACCUCCGCUGCAACACCUCCGAGUGCGUGCCGCUCAUGUGGAGCUGCGACGGAGACCCCGACUGCUCCGACAGCUCGGAUGAGGGGCCUGAACGCUGCGGCGGCGACGGGGUCCCGUACCUGCUGAACCGCAGGGCCAACUGCACAGCGGGGGAGUUUCGCUGUGCCAACGGGGAGUGUGUGCGGCUGACGUGGAAGUGUGACGGAGAUCCAGACUGCAAGGACAAAUCUGAUGAGUCCGACUGCCCUCUGUUGACCUGCCGUCCCGAUGAGUUCCAGUGCGGCGACGGUUCCUGCAUCCACGGCACCAAGCAGUGCAACAAGGUCCACGACUGCCCUGACCACAGCGACGAAUCCGGCUGCGUCAACGCUACCAAAUGCGAAGGACCCCUGAAGUUCCUGUGCAAGAACGGAGAGUGUAUCGACAGCUCCAAGGUGUGCGACUCCGUCAAAGACUGCAAAGACCGAUCAGACGAGCCCAAGAAAGAGUGCGGGCUCAAUGAGUGUAUGAUCAACAAUGGCGGCUGCUCCCACGUCUGCAUGGACCGACCGAUCGGCUUCGAGUGCCAGUGCCCCACCGGCUACCAGCUGCUGGACAAGAAAACGUGUGGAGACAUUGACGAGUGUGAGAACCCCGACGCCUGUAGCCAGAUCUGCAUAAACUACAAGGGGGACUUUAAGUGCGAAUGCUAUGAAGGAUACGAGAUGGACCCCGUCACUAAGACCUGCAAGGCAGAAGGGAAAAGCCCUUAUUUACUGUUCACCAACCGGCACGAGAUCCGACGCAUCGACUUGGUGAAGAGGGACUACAGCCAGGUCGUGUCCACGCAGAAGAACGCCGUGGCCCUGGAUCUGGAUGUGGCCAACAACCGGGUCUUCUGGUGCGAUCGCUUUCACCGCAAAAUCUACAGCGCCUUCAUCCACGAGGCCAGCGACCCGUCCCAGCAGGUGCUGCUGGUGGAUUCGUCCCUGCAGACCCCGGUGGGCCUCGCCCUGGACUGGCUCCAGCACAACCUGUACUGGACCGACUCCGGGGACAAAUCCAUCUCCGUGGCCUCGGUGGACGGCACCAAGAGACGCGUCCUCAUCAACACCGACCUGAGCGAGCCCCGGGCCAUAGCACUGGACCCCCACCACGGCUUCAUGUACUGGUCAGACUGGGGCACACGAGCCAAGAUAGAGAAGGCCGGUAUGAAUGGAGUGGACCGACAGGUGCUGGUGGCUGAUAACAUUGAAUGGCCCAACGGCAUCACUCUAGAUGUGGCCAACAGGCGCCUGUACUGGGUGGAUUCGAAGCUGCACCUCAUAGCCAGCGUGGAUCUGAACGGGGCUCACCGCCGGACCCACAUGUCGUCCGCCGAGAGACUGGGACACCCCUACGCUCUGGCUGUCUUUGAGGAUCGUAUCUACUGGACAGACAGAGACAGGGCGGCAGUCUUCAUGGCCAACAGGCUGACCGGUCAGGACGUCCAUGCUCUGGCCGAGAACCUCAACGACCCCCAUGACAUCGUCGUCUUCCACCAGCUCCGACAGCCGCAAGGCCCUGACAGCUGUAAUCUGGGCAGCGUGGCCAAUGGAGGUUGUGAGUACUUGUGUCUUAAGGCUCCACAGAUCACCGAACACUCGCCCAAAUACACCUGCGCCUGCCCCGACGGACAGGACCUGGGGCCUGAUAUGAGGGGCUGCGUGCCAGGAGCACCAAGAAACGACAUGGCGGCGACAUCCUCACCUCCCACCGGAUUCACACCAGGCACCAGAGCGACCGUCGCUGGAGACUUCCCUCUCCCCUCGGUGGGAGUGUCGCAGGCGGAUGCCAUCCCCCACUUGACCACGGCUCCCUCCGGAUCCCCCGAGCCCCUCACCCCCCUCAGCACACUCAAGCCUCUGUCCUCACAGGAGUCCAAGGCGCUGGGCUCCCACUCCACGGCCACGGCUAUGGUCAUCUCCACCACACCUGCCGGGGACAGCAGCGUCUCACAACACUCCGGAGGCGAGCACUUCCUCCUGGGAGAGAACCUGACGGUGGCCGUUCUAGGAGUGGUCAUCCCCAUCGUGGUGUUCGGCCUGGUCUGCGCCGGAGUCUACCUGGUGUGGCGCAACUGGCGGCGCAACUCCACCAAGAGCAUGAACUUCGACAACCCCGUCUACCGCAAAACCACCGGCGAGGGCGAGGAGGACGAGAUCCACAUCGGGCGGACCGACGCCAUGGGCCACCACGCCCACCACCACCCGUACCCGCAGGGCGUGGGCAUGGGGGUGGUCGGGGCCGGGGGCGGCACCUGCCCGCAGUUCAUCGCCCUGCCGCUCGGGGGCAGCAUGCCGGACCCGGGGACUCACUGGUACACGGAGCAGCCGAUGCUCUCCACCGCCAAGUGA